UCCUUUUGCCUGUGCGCACGACAGCUUGGCCGCUUCUCCUCUUCGCCAACCGGCGGGACAUCCGCGUGGUGGACGCGGCGGCGGCGGCGGCGUCGGCGUCGGCGCGGGGUGGUGGGCGAACGGCUCGGGCCAACGUCUCCGUGGUGCUGGCCGGCCUGGAGGACGCGGCGGCACUGGACUACGUGUACGAUGAGGGCACCGUCUACUGGAGCGACGUCAGCGACGAGGCCAUCAAGCGCGCGCAGCUCAACCGCUCGCUCGUGGGCGGCUCUCCGACUGUGGUGGUGUCGGGCCUGGCGUCGCCGGAUGGGCUGGCGUGCGAUUGGCUGGGCCGCAAGCUCUACUGGACCGACUCGGAGAUGAACCGCGUGGAGGUGGCCGAGCUGGACGGCUCCCACCGGGCCGUGCUCGUGUGGGGCGAGCUGGACCAGCCCCGUGCCAUCGCCCUGCAUCCCGUCAAAGGCUACAUGUACUGGACGGACUGGGGCGAGGUUCCCAAGAUCGAGCGGGCUGGCAUGGACGGCACGGCACGUUCCGUCAUCGUGGACACCAACGUCUUCUGGCCCAAUGGCCUCACCAUCGACUAUGAGGCCUCCAAGCUGUACUGGGCGGACGCCAAGCUCAGCUACAUCCACCGCGCCAACCUCGAUGGCACAUUCCGGCAGGUGGUGAUCGACGGGUCGUUGUCGCACCCUUUCGCCCUGACGCUGCUCGCCGACUCGCUCUACUGGACCGACUGGCAGACGCGCUCCGUGCACGCGUGCUCCAAGCUCACGGGCUCCGACCGACGGCAGGUCGUCACCGACAUGUACUCCCCGAUGGACAUCCACGCGUACAGCCCUCUUCGGCAGCCCGCUGGCCGGAACCCUUGCGGCGACGACAACGGAGGCUGCUCACACCUGUGCCUCAUGUCCCCGGCGAAGCCGCACUUCAGCUGCGUGUGCUCGACGGGCGUGCAGAUCCUUGCCGACAACAAGACCUGCCGGCAGGGCGCGCAGGAGGUGCUGCUGCUCGCACGGCGCACGGACCUGCGGCAGAUCUCGCUCGACACGCCCGACUUCACGGACGCGGUGCUGGCGGGCGCCGGCGAGGUGCGCCACGCCAUCGCCAUCGACUACGACCCCGUGGAGGGCCACGUGUACUGGAGCGACGACGAGCUGCGCGCGGUGAAGCGCGCGUCGCUGCGAGCCGCCGGCGGUGGCCCUGCCGACCCCGCGACGGAGGAGACACUAAUAUGGACGGAGGUGCAGCACCCGGACGGGCUGGCGGUGGACUGGAUCGCCCGGAACCUCUACUGGAGCGACACGGGCACCGACCACAUCGAGGUGGCGCGUCUCAACGGCUCUUCGCGCCAGGUCCUUGUCUCCGAGGACCUCCAGGAGCCCCGGGCCCUCGCGCUGCACCCGCUCGCCGGGUACAUGUACUGGACGGACUGGGGCGAGCGGCCGAAGAUAGAGCAAGCGAACCUGGACGGCUCGGAGCGCGUCGUGCUCGUUAACACGUCCCUGGGCUGGCCCAACGGGCUGGCGCUCGACCUCGCUCUGGGCACGCUCUACUGGGGAGACGCCAAGACGGACCGCAUCGAGAUGAUAAAGCUGGACGGCUCUGGCCGCCGCGUGCUCGUGGAGGACAAGCUGCCGCACAUCUUUGGCCUCACGCUGCUGGGCGACUUCGUCUACUGGACCGACUGGCAGCGGCGCAGCGUGGAGCGCGCCCACAAGCGCACGGGCGAGCGGCAGGUCCUCAUCGACCAGCUCCCGGACCUCAUGGGGCUCAAGGCGACCGCCGUCGCCGCUCCGUCAGGCACGAACGCCUGCGCCGGGGAGGAGAACGGCGGCUGCAGCCACCUGUGCCUGUUCCGCCCGGGGGGGGCCCGCUGCGGCUGCCCCCUGGGCCAGGAGCUGCUGGCGGACGCGCGCACCUGCGUCGUGCCCAAGGCCUUCCUGCUGUUCUCGCGCCGCGGCGACAUCCGCCGCAUCUCGCUGGAGACGAACGCCCGCGGCGACGUCGCCAUCCCGCUCGCCGGCAUCAAGGAGGCGUCGGCGCUCGACUUCGACGUGGCCGACAAUCGCAUUUACUGGACCGACAUCGGCCUCAAGACGAUCAGCCGCGCGUACAUGAACGGCAGCGCGAUGGCGACGGUCAUCGAGUUUGGGCUGGACUACCCCGAGGGCAUGGCCGUGGACUGGCUGGGCAAGAACUUGUACUGGGCGGACACGAUGACGAACCGCAUCGAGGUCGCGCGUCAGGAUGGGGAGCACCGCGCGGUGCUCGUGUGGAAGGACCUGGACAAUCCGCGCGCGCUGGCACUCGAUCCUGUCGAGGGCUACAUGUACUGGACCGAGUGGGGUGGGCGGCCGCUCGUGGAGCGUGCCUGCAUGGACGGCACGGAGCGCCGCGUGCUGCUCGCCAACGUGGGCCGCACCAACGGCCUCACCAUCGACUACGCGGCGCGCCGCCUCUACUGGGCCGACCUGGACACCUACCUCAUCGAGUCUUCCGACUUGCUAGGAGAAAACCGGGGCGUGAUCGCGGACGAUCUGCCGCACCCGUUCGGCCUCACCCAGUACCAGGACUACAUCUUCUGGACGGACUGGACGCGGCGCAGCAUCGAGCGUGCCAACAAGACGGACGGCAAAAACCGCACGCUCAUCCAGUCGCAGCUCGACGACGUCAUGGACAUCCUGGUGUUCCACUCGAGCCGGCAGGGCGGAUGGAACGCGUGCGUCAUGGGGAACGGUCAGUGUUCCCACCUGUGCCUGGCGCGCCCCGGUGGGAGCUACGUUUGUGGCUGCCCGGCUCACUACACCCUCAACGCCGACAACCGCACCUGCUCGCCGCCCACGUCGUUCCUGCUGUUCAGCCAGCGCACGGCCGUGAACCGCAUGCUGCUCGACGACCUGCAGAGCCCCGACAUCGUGCUGCCGCUGCCGUCCCUGCGCAGCGUGCGCGCCAUCGACUACGACCCCCUGGACAAGCUCAUCUACUGGGUGGAGGGGCGCCAGGGCACCAUCCGCCGUGCCCGCGAGGACGGCACCCAGCUGUGGACGCUGGUGGCGGCGUGGGGUGGUGGCUCACAGCCGUUCGACCUCAGCCUGGACGUGUACAGCCGCGCCAUCUACUGGACGUGCGAGAGCACCAACGUGGUGAACGUGACGCGCCUGGACGGGCGCCCCGUGGGGGUGGUGCUCGGCGGCGGUGCCGAUCGGCCACGCUCCAUCGUCGUGAACCCGGAGAGGGGGUACAUGUACAUCACGAACCUCCAGGACCGGGCUCCACGUAUCGAGCGAGCCUCCCUGGACGGCACGGAGCGGGAGGUGCUCUUCACCAGCGGCCUGAGUCGCCCCUCCGCCCUGGCGGUGGACAACGCGCCCGGGCGCCUUUACUGGGCCGACGCCGAGCUCAAGCGCAUCGAGUGCAGCGACCUCAACGGGGCCAACCGCAUCGUGCUGGAGGAGUCGAACAUCCUGCAGCCCGUGGGGCUCGCCGUGUUCGGCGCUCACCUCUACUGGAUCGACCGGCAGCAGCAGCUGAUGGAGCGCGUGGCCAAGGAGGGCGGCGGAGGUCGCACCAAGGUGCAGGGGCGCAUGCCCUACCUCACUGACGUGCUGACCGCUCACGAGAUGCCCCUCGCCCAUUACCGGAGCCACCCGUGCUUCGGGGACAACGGCGGCUGCUCCCACAUCUGCAUCGUCAAGGGGGACGGCACCACGCGGUGCUCCUGCCCCGUUCACCUCGUGCUGCUGCAGAACGAGCUCACGUGUGGGGAGCACCCGACGUGCAGUGCGGAGCAGUUUGCGUGCUGGACGGGCGAGAUCGACUGCAUCCCUCUGGCGUGGCGCUGCGACGGCUACGCCGAGUGCGACGACCAGAGCGACGAGCGCGACUGCCCGCUGUGCUCCGACGCCCAGUUCCAGUGCCGCAGCGGGCAGUGCGUGGACGCGGCGCUGCACUGCAACGGCGACGCGGACUGCCAGGACAUGUCCGACGAGAGCAGUUGCUACGAGUGCCCAGGGGACAUGUUCCAGUGCGGCAGCGGGCAGUGCCUGCUGCGACGGCAACGCUGCGACGGCGCCGCCGACUGCCCGGACGCCUCCGACGAAGACGCCUGCCCGCUCACUCCGCUGCCGCCGUCCAGCCACGUGCCGGCCGGCUACACCAUAAGCUCGGUGGUGGGCGUGGUGUUCCUCGCUCUCGUCAUGGUUGCCGGCGCCUGCUUCGUGUGCCAGCACCUGCUGUGCCUGCGCGGGCGGCGGCGGCGGCGGCGCGGCGGCGGCGGCGUCGUCGUCGGCGGCGUCGGCGGCGGCGGCGGCGGCGGCGGCGGCGGCACCGCCGGGGUCAUCGUCGGCGCCGACCUGGGCCCGGGGGGCCACGCGGGUGGCUUUGGGGGCGGCGCGGGAGGGGGGUUGCCCGUCCACACCCCGCUGGCCUUCAUGCCCCGCUCGGGCGCUCACGGCGGUUGCCACAUGGGUGGCUCGCGUGGAAAGUCCUUGAUGAGCUUCGACAGCCUGAUGGGGGUGGGCGGCGGCGGCAGUAACGGGGCGCCACCCUACGACCGCGCGCACAUCACCGGCGCGUCCUCCAGCAGCUCCUCCAGCAAGGGCACGUUCUUCCCGCCGAAUCUCAACCCUCCACCCUCGCCUGCCACGGACCGGUCUCGCUACACCGGGAUCCCCAACUACAGCAGCACCCCAUCCACGUACAGGGCCUACAGGCAUCAGAAGCCGCACGCCGUGGCCCCCCCGACCACGCCGUACAGCACGGACGUGUGCGACAGCGACUGCCCCGUCGUGCCGCUCGGCCCCGCCCGCGGCUGGCGCCCCGGGCCCCGGCACGCCGCCCACGCCGCCCACGCCGCCUCCGGGAGCGGCGUGGGCGGCGUGGGCGGCGUCGUCUGCGCGCCGCCCCCGCCGCCCGUCGCUCUACCCGGGCCGCCGACGGCGGCGGCGUACCUGUCGGCAGAGGACAGCUGCCCCCCGUCGCCGUCCACCGAGCGCAGCUACUUCCACCUGUGCCCUCCGCCACCGUCACCGUGCACCGACUCGUCGUGA